AUGAUAUCCACGCCUGGGAUUGGCAAUGCAGGGCGCACCCCCAUGGCUACUUCCCUCUGUACAAAGCCACAGUCCAGUUCUAACCUGUGCACUGGAACAGGCAACACAGUCAAACCCAUUCCCUGCAUCAAAAUGAGACUUACAGGGGGUCGAGGGGAUAUUCUGAGGCAGAACAAGUGCAACCCGACCAGAGGGACAUCGCUGGAGCCACAAGACCCCUCUGCACUGGGCAGCAGCCAAAGAUCACACCUUGCUGGCGUUUCCACAGGCCACACAGAAACAGUCAGGAUCCUCAUUGAGCACGGAGCAAGGCCCAGUCUGAGGACAGACACGGUGGACUCCUGCUCACUUUGCUGCAGAGUCGGCCGACUGGCUGCGCUGUGGCUGCUGCACUACUUCCACGCUCCUAUAGACAAGGAGGACUGCUGGGGAGACAAACCAGUGCGGAUAGCCGAAAUAUAUGGACACCAGGACUGUGUUCGAUUCCUUAAAAAGGCAGAGAUCGAGUGCCAGGCCUACCGCAAGAUGGCGGCCGAGAAAGGGAUUUCACUGGACGACACAGAUGAGGAGUGGAGUGAAUCACGGCAAAGAAAAUGA